UCGCGUAGCCUUGUUUUUUCUUUUUUUUUUCUUUUUUUUUUUGCCCCCAUAUCGCCUCUGCUGAUUGACUGCGCUCGUAUUCGCCUCUUUGGUUCUCGUCUUUCUCGCGCCCGACCGUUGCUUUUCCUCUGCGCCAAGUUCAUAGGCAUCAACGCCAGCGCGAGUUCAUCGCCCCGUCAACUUUUGUCUAUACCAUCAUCACCAGAAUGGUGGUAGUCGCUAGUCGUCCUCGCAGGUAAAUGUCAUGGAUGCGCAGAAUGCUGCCCAGUCCGACCAGACGAGGCCUGCUGGCGACUCACCUCAGCGGCCUGACUCAAAGCCCGAUACUUCAAAGUCGACUCCGCCGCCAGUAAGCCCCAAGCCUUCUGAGCCCGUUGACAAGGAGAGGGAAAAGGACAAGGACAAGGACGCACGACGGAAUGCGAAUUCUUCAUCUGCUGUUGACCAAGAUGCGUUGGAAGACCGCGAUUCAGACGCCGAAACCAUCGUAUUGCCUGGCAAGGAUGGCCAUUCCCCGUCAAAGGCUCGGAAGGUAAGACAGGAAGACAGAAGCGACGGUGAUGCCGAUGGUGAUAACGAUGGCGACGCACCCAAAUCUUCAAUCAAGGCUGCUGGUUAUCGUCCAGAACUUGAAAAGAGUUCAUCGUCAAUUCACGCUCGCGGUGAUCCUGUCAAGAAGAAGCGCAUUUCGUCGGCCCACAUCGAACGCGAGAAACUGUCACGGGGUAAAGAUGCGGCUGCUUCCAGUGGCUUGAGCUCUGCACCAGCGUCUCCACCUCAUCACCGGCAGCAGCAGCGUCGCCGAUUUGCAGAUGACACGCAUUCAUCUUCCGACUCUGAACAUUCUCAUCCCCGACCUGCCAAGUCCAUUCGCGAGAAACUGAAAUCGGGUGAAAACACAGCAUCACAUAAGCGCAAGAGUCUCAAAGUUGAGUCCGACGACGAAGGCGAGAGCCGCAAGGUUAGGCGGCAACGAACAACCAGCGCCAGCAUCGAUUCAGGUCGCCCGCAGAAGGAGCACAAGCCUCUCUCAGCAAAGUCACACCAUGAUUCACAGAACCGUUCCAUUUCACCACAGGCUCGAUCUCACCGAAGGAGUGCAUCCUCCCAGUUACCUGCCUACUCCUCCAACGGCCUCGGCCACAAGAAGAGGCGACUGCCUCCUCCGUUGCACGCCACUGACUAUCACUCUGACGACUCAUCAGCAAGUGGCAGUCCUCAUCCUCGCAGUUCUAAACUACGUAACCUGGCAACGCCUGCCGCCGACACAAAUGCCUCCCCUGCAAGGAUGGCUCCUCAUAAGAAGCAUCUCGAUGCCCACGGUCAGACAUUACUCGCUCGCGCCUGCGCUCGAGGAGAGUACGAGGGGGCCAAGACACGCCUUACCGAGAGGCCUGAGGAUCUGAACGUAGCCGACUACGCGGGAAACACACCUCUUCAGAUUGCAGCAAUUAAUGGAUGCGAAGACAUCGUCAAACUUCUGAUCGAUGCUGGAUGCAAUUUGGAUUGUGUCAACUACGACAAGGACACACCACUUCUCGAUGCGGUCGACAACGGCCACCUGGGCGUUGUCAAGUUAUUACUAGACGCAGGCGUUAAUCCUAGAAAGGCCAAUGUGAACGGGGAAGAGCCAAUCGACCGGGUGAGCGACGAAACAGACAACGCCGAGGAGAUUCGAGCCGCACUCAUGGCUGCAAGGAAGCGAGCAGGAGAUCGGAGGCGCACCUCAGAAGAACAUCACUCCCACCAAGAUCAAGAUACGAGGGACUCGCAUGCGCCAGAUAGCCCACGCCAUUCGCCCGCUACAAAUUCCGGAACAAGUCGAAGAACAGGAACUGUACGCGCAACAAAGACGAGAAACGAUCUACUGUAUAUGCCCCUUGACGACAAGACACUUCGACAGGCUGCGGGGCGAGGUGAUGAGGAAACUGUCGCACGCAUCUUGCAGGUAAAGGAAGGAUAUAAUGACCCAGCUGCUAUGGUUGCCGCGGCUCGAGGUGGCCAUGACUUGGUGAUUCAGCUGCUCCUAGGCCUUGGAGGCGCUAAUCCUGAUCCCCGGCCUAUUUUCAACGCCCAGCCUGAAUUCGCGACGCCAAUACUAGCAGCAAUCGGGCAAGAGAACAUCAAAGUCAUUGAGUUACUUUUGGAACAGGCUGGAUUCGAUCCCACACGAAGGUACAGAGGAGAAACAUAUUACGAGAUUGCCCGACACCGGGCAGGUCCAAACUGGAAGGACGAAGAGCAUAUGCUGAAAAACGCCUACGACGAGUUUAAGAGGAGCGGAAAGAAGACAAACUCUCGCCAGGAACAACAAGAUGAAGCUUUGCGUGCCCGACGAGCAAAGGAGGAGGCCCGACAGCAUAAAAGGAGCCUCUCUAGUCCCGAACCGAAGAAGAAGUCAACCACCUCCAAGCUUACGAGCCCUAAAGAGAAACGGAGAUCCAACUCAAUCACGAACCAGGGAGAUGAGGGUUCAAAGCGUGGCCCAGGACGACCCAGGAAAGAUGAUCCCGUUCCGUCUAUUAAUAUCUCAGACCGCGAACAAUCCCCAACUAUCUCUCAGAAACAGCUCAAAGCCAAACAUGCCGAUUCAGACGCUGCCGGCGUAUCGUCGGAGGGGGAAACACAUAAACCGAGGAGGAAGCUUGUGUCUAAGGGGGAGCUUCGAGGGGAACGAGAGCGGCAACGACGCGCUAGUAUGGCUUCGAACGCUUCAUCUUUCAAAGAUCACCCAAGUAGCCCCCAUGAGUCGAAGCAUGAGGAGUCAGGUGACAAACACGAUAAACACGAAAAGAACAGAGUCGAGAAACUAUCCGAAAAGUACCAUGAUCGCACCAAGGCUCUCAAAAGGGACGAAUCCCGGGAUCGCUUGUCGGUGUCUGGCGACGGGUCGACUAAGAGGCAUCGUGCCAGCAUCACACCUGACCGACCCAGUAAUGGCGAAAAGGAUGAUAGCGAGGUCCCACCUAAGCGACGACGACUUGAUAGCGAGACAAAGGAGAAACGACCUAAACAAGUUGUAUCAUCUGACGAGAGACCUCGAAAAUCCAGCAAUCUUCAAGACUCUUCCAAAUCGUCCUCAAAACCCAGUCAUAAAAAGCACGACGAGGAGAAACGCGAUAGGCGUGCCGACUCUCACCGUGCAGACACCGACCGAGCCAGUAGUGUCGAAAAACAGAUUCAUGUCAAGUCAGAGGAGACUGACGUGGAGAUGAAAGACGCCGAUUCUAUUAAGGCUGUGUCAGAGUCGGAACUGCAAGCGGCUCGAGCUAAGGAAGCCGAACAAGAGAAGCAAAAGCAAACCGAUGAGGAGGCCAAGAAGAAGGACGAACUUCGGAAGAAGCAUGAAGCACGCAAGAAAGAAGAAGAACGUAAGCGAGCUGAGGCUGAAGCCGCGAGGAAGCGUGAAGAGGAAGAGGAAAAGAAGCGAAAGGAGGAGGCUGCCGAAAAGGAGAGACUGCAAAAGGAACUAGAGGAGCGCGAAGCUGAGCGCAAACGCAAGGAAGAAGAACGCCAGCGACGAGAGGAGGAGGAGGAGGAGGAGGAGAAGAAGAAGCAACGGCGCGAAGCCGAGGAGAAGGCGCGUCGAGAAGAGGCAGAAAAGCAACGUAUCGAAGAAGAGCGAAAGAAGAAAGAGGAGGAGGAGCAGAAACAGCGAGAGGAAGAGGAGAGGCUGCACCGUGAGCAACUCGAGCGAGAAGCAGCCGAAGAAGCUCGCCGUCAACACGAGGAAGAAGAGCGCAAAGAACGUGAGCGACGAGAACGUGCGCAUCGUGAGGAUAUGGAACGCAAACGAGCGGCACGCGAAGCUGAACAACGACGAUUCCGUGAAGAGCAAGAACGCAUCCGCCUCGAUAAACUGCCUCCCCUCCUACGAUGGCUCGAUACAUGUCCAAACCCCAAGCUUCCGGUCCUUGCCGAGAAAUUCAAGCGGAUUCAAGGCUGCCGAUACGAUACAAUUCGACGCGAAGCCAACGGCACAGCCGAGGGUCGUGAGCAGUGGGUGCUCAACACACAUGCAGCUCUCCUUCUUGGCGAGAAGGAUCUUGACCUCUCUCGGUAUACUGCAUGGGAACGCGCUCCCGUAACUGACCUAGCAAAGUUGUCUUUAUGGCGCGUUGAAUGGCGUCUUUACUCUCUGCUCGAUGACAAGCUGUGGGAUCUCGGUCGACAACUCCCCGAAUAUUACGGUGACGAGGAUCCCUCCGAAUUAGGUUUUGAGACAAAGCAACGACUAAAAGCAGAGGCUUGGGAGAAAUUCUUCAAUAUGGACAUGUUCUUUGUUAAGGUGUCGGAUCUUAUGUAUACUGUCCCCAACAUACCACAUCUUCGUCACAUUCGUCUCGAAGUUGAAUAUAGGGAACUUCUGGAGACAGAAGCACAAAGCAGGGGAUGGGGAACAUGUCAGAAGUGGAAGCAGGAUCCGGAUUCUGCUCGGUACAACAGACUUGCUCCACGAUGCAAGUAUUAUCACAAUGGCGCGUUCGUUGGUGAGGAUAAACCCCAACUCGCACAAACAAGCAGUACGCCUUUCCUCGACAAGAAGGUUCCUCGACGCGGACUGGUGCAAGUGUUCCCAGACGACCCAGAUUAUACUAGAAUAUGCCUAGAACAAGGUCUAGAGCAUCUCAUCAACGGCCACCUUAGCCCGCCUCUUGUCAAUGGUAUUCAUUCAUCGCCAAUGAGCCAGAAAUCAAUGGCAUCGGGAGGACCCCCUAUGAAUGGGAUGGUCAAAGCUUUGACGCCUGGUUCGACUUCAGAAAGCUUGACGAUAUCAAAUGCUGGGCACGAGACUCUUGUAAACGGCAUCAACGGAAAC